AUGGUCGACGAUUUUGCCGAGUAUGAAAACAAAGAUAAGGUCGGGGAGGGAGGCGAGGUUAUCCGACGAAAUCCCCCGCCUUUCGUAGUAAGUGUUUUAUUACUUGAUCCCUUUUUCUAAAAGAUUUUCUAAACACGAUUUUUAGGUAGAAAGGCCAUUAAGUUCUGGAGAGCAUCCCCUUGAGUAUAGUUACACAUUCUCUUAUUUCCAAAGGCCUACCGGUAAAUUUGAUCCGGAAGAUUAUGCACAUUUCGUCCAACCUAUUGCGAUCUUCAACUCUGUAGAACAAUUCUGGGAGGUGUACAAGCACGUUAAACGGCCGUCUGGUGAGGGUUCAUCUUCCUUUUCAUUUUUCUUGGUUUAGAUAUCAAUCGAAAGGCCGAUUUUCAUCUGUUCAAGAGAGGUGUUAAACCAGUUUGGGAAGAUUCGGCCAACAGGAAAGGAGGGAAAUGGAUUCUGAGGCUGAAAAAGGGACUUUCAUCCAGGAUCUGGGAGAACCUUAUAUUAGCUAUGAUAGGUAAGAGAGCCGUUAUCAGUCAUUUAUCGCGAAAGAGAAAAUGUAUACAUCUACUAAAACGUUUACCUUUUAAAGUAAUGGUCUAUUAACUUGUUUUAGGUGAGCAAUUCCUUGUCGGCGAAGAGAUCUGUGGCGCUGUCUGUUCCGUUCGUAAUCAGGAAGAUAUCAUCUCGUUGUGGAACAAGACAGCUAAUCAUCAGGGAGUCACAAAUCGGAUUCGCGACACCAUGAGACGUAUUCUGAACCUUCCCAACCACGCCAUCCUCGAAUACAAACGCCACGACGAUUGCCUUCGUGAUCAGAGCUCUUAUCGACACACGGUUCCGGCUUUCCGCUAAAUCAUUUGGUGCAUGAUAUUAAUAUCUUUUUUUAACAUUGCCAAAUUGUUUAUAAACUAUUGGCAAGAUAAGUGCAUAAAUAGUGCGUGGGCAAGCGUAAUAUUUAUCUGGGGAAUUCACCUGGCUGGAGGAAUUCUUGAUAUUAGAAUUUUAGUGUUCAUCUGCAGGAACCACGGAGUUACAAAGCAUUAACUGCUCGUGUGCGAUGUUUAGGUCCUUACUGUUGCAGUUACCGAACACCUGCCAUCCUUCUGGUUCAAAUAUUUGCAUAAAAUAAUACGGUUUAUCACAAUUUCUAAUCACGAGGUCAAUGAUACCUUCCUCUUGUUUAUCAAUUCCCAUCCGAUAAACGGUGUAUGGCGAAUUUGGAAUGGCUGGCAGGCUGCGGCCAUAACUGUUCUUGAAUCAUUCUGUCUUUAUUAAAAUUCCUUUGCGGAAUUAAGCUACCACUUUUAUCUUUUUAUUGUUCAUUUAUUUAACGUUUCAAUAUUUUUACUGGAUCCAUUUUCUACUCCAUGGAGUAGAAACUAUUUUGUUUCUGUGAAGAGUAUACAAGUAUUACUCUUUUGGCAUUCAGGCUAGAUUUUGGCAUUUCGUCUCAGCCUCCCGUCUGACGUUUGACGGUUCAUCUCAAUAAAUUUUUUUGGUCUUAGAACGAUUAUUUUCCGUUGUUUAUCUCGAUCGACGUUCGGAAAGUUUCUUUCUAGCCGAGUAACCGCCAUAACAUAUGAUCUGAAUAGUCGGUUUGGGUAAUUGAUUUGCAACGCCAAUUCAAGUGUAAUGAGUCAUGUAAAUUUGUUUAAUUCCACCUUAAUUUAAUUGUUUUCGAGUCGAUUUCUCUUCGGCGUUUAUCGCUCUUCGUCCUUUCGUUUGAUAUCAAUUGGCGUUCGAAGUUGAGAAGAUCCUUUCCCUUCUCUUUCUACAUUAUUAUUUAUUUCAGGUAUUUUACCGCGCUUAUGAAGCGCUUCGCACUGCCUUGAAGGCCCUAAAUACCCUCAUGAUGCACUCAGUCUUUAUCUAUGUUGUGCUUCUUUUUUCUGCUACAAAUGCUCAAUUCUUAGUUGAGGUGGUAAGUUUAAAGGCAUCAUUUAGGCUGUUUGAAUUAAGCUUUUUUUCAAUUACUUAAUUCUUUAAGUUGGAACAGACCGCUUUCGGGAGUCAGAGACCGGUUAUGAGAUGUGAGGCCACCGGUGCCAACUUUGGGAUGGAUGUGAUUGACUUUACAUUCAGCAAUAAGGCUGUCGGAUGCGCCAUUCCUGUUGACCCAAAAUAUGCAUGUGAACCUUCUAAGGUAAGAUAAUUCACGCUUUGCUUCUUCCGCGUUUAGAUUCGUGGCUUUUAUGAAUGUCAUAACCUGUUCAUUUCAGUUUCCGAAGAUAAACACCACUGAACUUUGUGAUUCAUACUUUGCUGUUGUCCCGCAAGGGAAUUGUAGUUUCUCGGUCAAAGCAUACAAUGUUCAGAAUGCAACUCCAGUUGGUUAUGACGCUUUGAUCAUCUACACUGCACCCCAUAAGAGUCCGGUUCCAAUGUCAGGAGCUGAACACGCGGGGGACGUGAAGAUUCCAUUGGUGAUGGUGAAUUAUAAAUGUAUGGUUAAUAUUUUGGGGCAAUACGGAGUCGAACACGGGUGGGUCACUUUGAAAAAUCGUAGUACUUAGAAGUAAAUUAUAUGUAAGAAUGCUAUAUGUUUUAGGUACCUGGUAACAAUCAAGCCAUCCCCUGGAUAUUACGAUUUAAUCAAGUAUUUAGUCCCCUUUGUAGUUAUCGUCGGGUUCUGCUUUGUUGUUUUAUUUGUAUCACUUGUAAGUUUGUUUUUUUUUGAAACGAGUUUUUUAUCUGUUUUUAGGUAAUACGGCUUUGUCGAGAAAGGAGAAGGUUAGCUCGCAAGCGACUUUCCAGAUCCAAUCUAAAGAAAAUUCCGGUCAAGAAAUUCAAGAAGGGAGAUUGGGCCGAGACAUGUGCUAUUUGUUUGGAUGACUUCCAGGAAGACGAGAAAGUUCGUGUAUUGCCUUGCAGACAUGGUACGCCUUUUUUAUAAUUGUUUAUAUUUUUUGUUUAGCAUAUCAUUGUAAAUGUAUUGAUCCCUGGCUCACCAAGAAUCGAAAAGUCUGCCCGAUUUGCAAGCGUAAAGUCGGACCUUCUACUGGAUCGGAUUCUGAUUCGGACACGGAGAGAACAGCUCAGUCUUCAAGUACCAUCACUACACGAGAAGAAGAUCCUCUCAUUCAAAGUCAGCAGCCUCGGACCACAGAUUCUAGCGCCAAUUUUUUAGGGCGUUCGUCCCAGCCCCGCACGUUCCGCGGGUUCAGCUGGUUCCGUUCUUCUACCAAUACACAUGAUGACCCGGAUCAACCGAGCACUUCUCGUGCUGUCCAAGAAGUUCCUCAUGAAGAGGAAGAUCUAUCAGUUGGGUCGCGGAUUAGAGCAGCGAUGGGAAGGAAAUGGCAAAGCUUCAGGUCGAGCAUUGGCCGUAAUGGUGAUAAUCCUCAUAGUAGACUUGAUAAUGACGAUACAAUCUCGACCACCGUCACGGAAGUUGAGGUAGGUGGUAAUUGAGUGACUGAACUAUGUGCUUCAUUGAUUCUUUCCAGGUAGAGUCUAUAUCAGAAGCUGAGCCUCCAGGAUUGGUUAAUCUUGAUCAUAUUUCUACAGAUAAUAUAAAUCAAAUUAUUCCGGUGUCGGUUGAGGUAAGAACAUCUUCUUUUGAAUCUUCCAUGUUUAGGUCCAACCUCACGUGCAGCAAGUGGAAGUAGAGAUCCAUCAACCCGCAUGA